AUGAAGAGAAUUACGCUGGACUACUUUUUUAAGCCACAAGAAAAGAAAUCGAAUAUUUAUGUGGAAAUUGAAGAUAUAGAAAAUGCUCCUGGUAAUACUAGUAUUAUUGAUGAAAAAGAUUUUGAGACUUGUGUAGAUGACAUUUCUUUAUUUAGUAACACGGCUAAAACAUUAACAGAUGAGGAAAAAAUUAAGGUAAAAUGUAAUAAAGCCUUUUCAAAAAUUAGACAAGGUGGUUAUUGUAAAUACUGUGUUACAUUUGCCAAAUAUGGAGGAAUUGGAAAUCAACCACUUGGACAGCUUGUUGUUAAUCCCUUUAAAAAUUAUAAAGAUGAUUUCCGGGUUCAUGCUAAAAAAAAGUACCAUAUUGACGCUGUGUUAGAUGCAGAACAUUUUUUGGAUGUCUAUGAAAAAAGAAAAGUACCAAUACUACAACAAAUUGAUAAUGAUAGGUAA